UCAAAAUGGUACGCACAAAAAUCCAACCCGACUCCAGACGCACCGCGACGACGCCCUAACCUCGCUCCGUUCCUCCCCUGCUGACGCCGCCGCCGCCCGAUCCCUUUCACCGCUCAUCUUUGCCGUUGCCGCAGGCGGAGCCGCCGCUUCCCUGGAUCUUACGAUUCUAUGUUCUGUUAUCAUCCGAGUUUAUCGACCCCUUCACGAUCCUAGAGUCAAUGCACACAGCUUUCCAACAAGUAGAGAGGCUGUUUCAUUGACUUAAAACCUGGUCGCCUAAGUUCGAUGGCUCACCCACGUGCGAUGGGUCACCCUCCAAAUUCUGUAGAACAACUGGAACUCUUCCAAUACCAGAAAAUUAUGAUCUGUUGUGAACCCUCUGCGAUACAUUUUCAGAAUAGAUGGGUAAGGCAAAGCGUGGAUCAAUAUUUAUUAGGUUGGUCUCAGCUGCUGGAACUGGAUUUUUUUAUGUUAAGCGAAAGAAUCCUGGGAAGAUGACAGAAAAACUCGAGUUCCGCAAGUAUGAUCCGCGAGUGAACAAGCAUGUUCUCUUUACAGAAGCAAAGAUGAAGUGAGGUCCUACUUUUCUCUUGAUUUUCUGUAAGUGGCACUAUAUGCUCUGGCUGAAUUGCUAAAGACGUGGUGAUCUAAAAUAAUAUUUCUGUGAUGUUAGUAACUACCUUUAUUCGUCGAUCUUUGCUGGCACAAGAAAAACUCAAGUUCCACAAGUUUGUGCCUUCUGAACCAACUGUUUCUCAUUACAAAGGCAAAAGCUGAAGUGAGGUCCUGAUUUUCUCUUUCUAUACAUAGUGGCAAUAAUUGCUGUGGAGUUUCUAUAAACAUGUGAUGCUCUAAUAUAAUACCUUUCAAUUUAAGUUGCUCA